AUGACUUUCGCCCGACCCUGGGAGCGCGGUGGCGAGACCGGGCCGGAGCGCGAGGUCACGACUUUCACGCCGCACAGCCAUAAGCCGCGGCCGGACACAAUCGACCAGUUCGUGUCGGCCGAGAUCCCCGACCCGGUGGCGGAGCCAGAGCUGCACGCCACCGUGACCACCAAGAUGGUGCACGGCCCGUGCGGCGCCCACCGGCCGGCAGCCUCCUGCAUGACGGACGGCGUGUGCAGCAAACGGUACCCCAAGUCGUUCGCCGCUGUCACCGCGGUGACCGACAAUGGGUACCCCCAGUACCGCCGCCGGAGCCCAGCGGACGGUGGUCGCACCGUCGUGCUCGACAGGCAGUGCCGCCAGGUUGUCAUUGACAACCGUUGGGUCGUCCCCUAUAACCCCCUCCUCAGCCGCGCCCUGGACUGCCACGUGAAUGUGGAAAUAAUAACUCACGCCUUCACGUGCAUAAAAUAUGUGAUAAAAUAUGUCACUAAGGGCGCCGAUCAGGUGAUGUUCAGGGUUGCGGAUGGGGAGGAAGUGGUGGACGAGAUCGCCACCUACCAGCAAAGUCGCUACCUCAGCGCCAUGGAGGCGGCCUGGCGUCUGCUGACCUACCCGGUCCACGACCACGCGCCGACGGUGGAGCAGCUGCCGGUGCAUCUGGGCGGCGAGGACCAGCCGCUGCGCUUCGCCGCCGGCGACAGGCUGGACGAGGUGGUGCAGCGCGGGGUGGACACAAAGCUAACCAGCUUCUUCAAGCUAUGUGCUGAAGAUGAUUUCGCAGCCACUCUGCUCUACCACCAGGUGCCCCGCUACUUCACCUGGCAGCAGCCGACGCGCAGCUGGCGGUGGCGGCGCACCACACCCAGAGGCAGCCGGCAUCUUUGUCGCGAGGCCUGCUCGGCGCUGGGCCUGCUGGAAGACGGCCAGCACUGGCACCGGGCCAUGGCGGAGGCGGCCGUCAUCGCCUUUCCGCGGCAGCUGCGACGGCUGUUCGCCGCGGCGCUCUGGAUGGAGACGCCCGGUGGCUUGUGGAUCACGCACGGCAUGCACCGGCUCCUGGACUGGCUGGAGCAGCGCCUCGAUGACGGAGUGCUGCCCUGCUACUUCUACCCGUCCAUCUACGUGGCGGCGGAGCUGACCGCGGAGUAA